UUGUGGUUUUGUCCAUUUUACCAUCAAUCUUAGUAAAAACUUUAGACGUAGCAACUGGUGCCAACAGUCAGACAUUUGAAAGCUCGUGGAGAGCCGUAAAAUGCAGUUUGAAAAGUGGUAUACCAGCCGACCUUGCAGAGUAUCCCUGUGAAUAUUUAUAUAGGAAGAGAGAUACGAUUUUCUGAAGAGUUCAACCAUUUCCUAAAAGCAAUGAAAAAUUGCUACCCGGGAGAAAACAUAUAGAUAGUUCGACGUAACAGUUUGUUUAUUCACACUCAAAACUUCUAAUUGAAAAUGAUGACUGAUCAGCAAGACCUCCCCUCAGAUUCUGAUGAUAGUGAUGUUGAUUUUAAAUUAUCAGAUGAAGAAAGUUUGCCCUCAGAAGAAGAUUCAGAUGGUAGUGUUGAGGAACCAGUUCUUGAUAAUGGGGAAGAACAAAACACAUCAACAGGGAAAAGAAAAAAGAAACAAAUAAAGCGUAGGAAAAAAAUCAAGAAAAAAGGUGCAUGCAAAGACGAAAGUAGUGAUGAUGGCAAUGCAGAAGAAGGUGAAGAUGUAAAAGAAUUAACAGCAGAAGAAGAAAAAAAGAAAGCGGAUUCACUUUGGAAUGAUUUCAUGAAAGACUGUUCUCCACCAGUCCGGAAAACCACCACCAAUGCAGACUCAAGCACGGAAACUAAAGAAACUAGAACUAUAACAACUAAAACUCCUCUAACUGAGAAAGAGAAUAAGGCUGUAGUCACGGAAAUAUUCGAGUUUGCAGGUGAAAAAAUAAAAGUAGAGAAGAAGCUACCACCACAGCCGUCUGGACGGGGUAGGGGUGGGGUAGUGACCGCCCGAGGGAGGGGGAGGGGAGGAGGUGGUCUCGCUUCUCUCAUCGGACAACUCGGCAGGAAGAACAAACUCAGCACACUGGAGAAGUCGAAACUGGACUGGGACCGGUUCAAGAAGGAGGAAGGUAUUGAGGAAGACCUGCAGACGCACAACAAGGGGAAAGAAGGAUUUUUGGAGAAACAAGACUUUUUGCAACGCACGGACCUUCGUCAGUUUGAGAUAGAAAAACAGCUGCGAACGACCAGUCGGAGCAAUCGAUAAUUAUUUUAUUUAAUAUGUGAUAUCCUAUAUUUAAAAUUUAUGUAAAAAUAAAAUAAAAGCAAAUAUGCA